CUACAAAACGGAGCUAAUGUUGAUUCUAGCACUGAAGGUGGUUGUUCAGCUUUAAUAAUGGCAUCAUGUCUAGGCUAUGAUAAAAUAGUAGAAGUUCUUCUAAAGAACCGUGCUAAUAUAAAAUUACAAAAUUCUGAUGGAUGUACAGCAUUGUUUAUCGCCAUUGAACAAGGUCACGUGGGUACAACUCACCUUCUGAUAGAGCGAGGCGCCAGUGUGUUUCACUUAACCGCCAACAACGACACGACGUUAAUGACAGCAUGUCGGGCUGGUAAACUCGACAUCGUGACACUUCUGCUGGACAAAAAUUUUAACGUCAAUUUGAGAAACAAGCAAGAGAUGACUGCAUUGCUUGUAGCUGCUUACGGUGGACACACAGAUGUAAUGGAAACUCUUUUGAAACAUGGCGCCAACCCUAACUACAGCACUAGUUUCUUUGUAUCUGCGUCCAGAAUAGCCAUAGGUAAAGGCGAUACUAAAAUGUUGAAAGUAUUGAUUGAUGGUGGACUUAACAUGAACGCGGUUGAUAGCUUUGGGUGCAAUAUUUUGCAUAGCUGCAUAUUACAGUUUUUGCACGAAACAACUUACUUUGAAUUGGGUUUUCUACUUUUUAGCGAAGAAAAAGAAUAUGAUGAAAUUAAAAAACUUUUUGACAAAUUGCUUAAUUUACCGAACGCUAAGUCAAAUUUGAAGUCUUCAGAAUACACAAGCAAAGUCUACACCUUAGUCUCUACAAUUGCUAUUAAGCUCAAGAAACUAACAAAAAAAUACCAUAACGAUACAAAAGUAAAUAUCAUUGAACGCUGGAUAAACAAAUCAGAUAAUAUGUACUUCUUGAACUUUAAAGAGGAGGCUCGCAAAGUACCAAAGAAAGAUCCAAGCCUUGUUCAAUUUUUAAUUAUUAACAAUGCAAAUGUUAAUUUAAUGGACAAAUCAGGAUUAACGCCCUUGAUGAUGACGUGUAUGAUAAACGACAGUGCCGUGGCUAAAGUUUUACUGAACAAUAACGCAGAUCCUAACCAAGUAACACACACUGGGUAUACUCCGCUAGUUUUAGCUUCUUUGUUUGGCAACACUGAAACCAUCCAUCUGCUCAUCUCCUACGGCGCUGAAGUCAAUUUCAUCCACAAGAAAAUGCACGGGACUGCCCUAUUUGCUGCUGCAUUCUCAGGCGAAACCGACGCUGUUAAUGUUUUGAUUGGCUACGGCGCAUGUGUCAACUUGUCGUCCACCAAUAGACAAACGCCUCUCAUUGUUGCUUCAUCGAAAGGACAUUUAGAUAUAGUAAAUAUUUUACUGCAGAACAAUGCGAAUAUCAACGCUCAAGACAAAGAAGGUGCUAGUUCUCUAAUAAAAGCGUGCGAGGCAGGUCAUAGAACUAUGGUAGAAAAACUUCUGGAAAGUGGUGCGAACGUCAACAUUUGUAAAACUGGAAAUGAAAGCGCGCUAAUUACUGCCACACGGUGUGGAGACGCCGGUAUUGUAAAGGCUCUCUUAGAUCACGGCGCAGAUAUUCACUGUGUUACUGAUAAUGGGGAAAAUUCUUUACUGAUUGCCUUACAACGUGGAGAUGUAGAUUCUAGCAGUCUGCUCAUAGAGCGUGGGGCUAAAAUAGACACAGUAUUAUUGCAUGCAAUGUUCUGCUAUCUACAAUACGCUAGUCAAGAACUUACUGUUUUAGAAAAUACGCAUACAAAACUGGAUGUUGAACCGUUUCGUCUACAAACUUCCGGUUUUACGACAUUGCUUGCGGCAGUGAUGUUACGUAUUCCAGAUUGUCAUGAAAUACUUAGCAAGAAUAAAACAGAUUCUGAUCAAUCAAGUUUUAAAAGUAUUGAAUGUGACGGAAACGUACUUUCAAUACACGAUGCAGAUUGCAUUUAUGACGUAAUCACUAGUUCGGAUGUUGAGACGUUCUUGAAAGUGUUUGAGUUUCUGAACAAAAUAAUGAAUGUUGCGACUGGUAUAAACAAAGACGACGUGAAAGUCAAGCUGAUUUUGACUUUUUCAGAGAUGACAAAAUCACUACUUGAUCCUACCCCACCAUCUGAAGGUACUGUAAUUCUACUAAUUUUUAAAGUCAUUUAA